UUUAUCAAAUUAAAAAUAUAAUUUGCGGCAUAAUUAUUUAGCGUACGUAUGUCUUGUAAUCCGAUUGUUUGAAUAAUGAGCAACGACCCUUACGAGGUAACAAUACGUUUCGCCCGCCAAGAGGAUCUGAGGCAUCGUAUGGAGCUUGUGCGACAGGGAUUCUCUGCUCACUUUUGGGACGCAUUUUGGUUUUUCCUGUUACAAGAGCUAACAUUGGAGUGCUGCGUGCUGGGUGCGGCGGUGCUGUUCAUAUUCUGUGGAGUGUCGGCAGCGGGUUGCCUGUUGCUGUUGCCUGUAGCUGCAGCUGUGGUCUCUAUGUGCAUCCUCGUUGCCCAUGAGGCUAUGGCUCAAAAACAUGCAAAGAGUGUGAGUAAUGAGUUAUUUGGUGUUGUAGCGGAAGUGCGGGGCGCGCCGGUGUCGGGCCCCGACCGCCGCCGAGCGCUGCACAUCCGCUCCCAUCUCGCGCCCCCCGCCCCCGCCCCCCUCGCCGAGCGUGACCGCCCCGAGUACGCGCAGGUGGUGGGAACCGUGAGCGUUUCGGAGUCGUGGGGUCCGCGAGAGGACGGCUGGCUCCACGCGUUCGCCGUCCAUCCCGACGGCCGCAGUCGCCCGACCGACAUUGCAUCUUCCUCGGAGCUCGUACUCGUCAAUUCAACGGAUCGGUCCCCGUGCGAGCUGGCUCCCGGCACCGAGUGACUCCGGGCUCUCGGAGCCGGCGAGCGGCGUGGGCAGCUUGGCGGACACCAGAUAAUAUUAUGUGAUGGCCUGCUGUCGAACGCCCGUCGUGUACGAGAUACGUGAUCAUCCACAAUUUCGAUUUCCUUGUAAAUUAACCCCCCUGUAAACCCGUGGAAAUUGGAAUGGCUCAUGUUAAUUGACAAUCGAGAGGCCAGCGAGACAUCCACUCCGGCUCCAGGUUCCGGCGGGCUCGGCGAUCGGAACCGAGGGGGCCUCUACUCCACUAUCGUACACAGACAGCUGCACCGCGCUCCUACUUAGGGUCAUUUAUUUUCCAUUUGUUUACUCGCCCCCCGGCUAGAGCUAUCGACUAGCUAUCUACAAUCGAACGCUGCAGGUUUAGUUUUGUCCUCCUUCUCGACGGGCGAUCGAACUAGCAGUGAUCGG